AAAAUCAAAAAUUGAGGCCGAACAUAAAACCCUAAAUCUCCUUCUUCCUCAGAUCCUUAUAAAUAACAGUGUCUUUCUACAAUGCCACCAAUCAAUCAGCUUCGUGACACCAGAGAUAAUCGACUAUUUCUCCUCUUCACCCUCUCGCUCUGCAUUGCUGCUUCCGAUUUACCAAUUUGCUUCUGAUUUUAUUGAUUUUUGUCUCAGCCUUUUAGUUCAUCGGUGUUUUUUUUGUUUAAUUCCUAUUUGAUUAUCUGAAUUUGUUAAUAUUUUCUGCUAACCCGUGAAUCUGUAGAAUCUUUUGCGAUCUGGGUUUUGUGUUUCUGUGUGGUUUCUUUUUUUUUUUUGUGUUGGAUUUUAGUUAUGGAUGCAGGUAUGGUGAACACUUCUUCGAACUUGAAGGCGCAAGCUCGAUGCCCUCUUCGAGAGCAGUUUCUUCCCAGAAGAAAUUCCAAGGAAAACUUGGACCGAUUCAUACCAAACAGGUCAGCCAUGGAUUUCGAUUAUGCUCACUACAUGCUGACUGAAGGAAGGAAAGGAAAAGAGCAAGUGGAGGCAAACGCUGCAGCGGUGAGUUCUCCAUCCAAAGAGGCUUACAGGAAGCAACUGGCUGAGACAUUCAACAUGAACCGAACCCGCAUUCUCGCUUUCAGAAACAAGCCUCCUUCUCCAGCCAAACUUCUUCCUACCGACCACUCUUCCUCUCUUCAACAGCAGCCUAAAUCCGUGAAGCCCCGUAGAUACAUUCCUCAGACAUCUGAGAGAACGUUGGAUGCCCCCGACAUCGUGGACGACUUCUACCUCAACUUGCUGGAUUGGGGCAGCGAGAAUGUUCUCGCCAUAGCUUUGGGCCAAACUGUUUAUUUGUGGGAUGCUUCCAAUGGCUCCACUUCCGAGCUUGUGACUGUUGAUGACGAGAAGGGACCGGUCACGAGUGUCAAUUGGGCACCCGAUGGCCGUCAUAUUGCAGUCGGCCUCAACAAUUCUGAAGUGCAGCUUUGGGAUUCUGCAUCCAACCGUCAUCUGAGAACUUUGCGUGGUGGCCAUACAUCAAGAGUAGGAUCAAUGGCAUGGAACAAUCACAUCCUGACGACAGGAGGAAUGGAUGGACAGAUAACCAACAACGAUGUCAGGAUCCGAUCCCAUAUCGUCGAGACAUAUAGGGGCCAUAGCCAAGAGAUUUGUGGGCUGAAAUGGUCUGGAUCUGGUCAGCAACUAGCAAGCGGAGGCAAUGACAACCUCGUACACAUAUGGGAUAGAUCCAUGGUAUCAUCCUCAAGCACGCCAACCCAAUGGCUGCACAGGCUGGAGGAACAUACUUCUGCGGUUAAGGCACUUGCUUGGUGUCCAUUCCAAGGGAAUUUGCUUGCAACUGGUGGUGGUGGAGGAGACAGGACCAUCAAGUUCUGGAACACACACACUGGAGCUUGCUUGAACUCAGUGGAAACUGGUUCCCAGGUUUGUGCUUUGCUGUGGAGCAAGAACGAAAGAGAGUUGCUUAGCUCACAUGGGUUUACACAGAAUCAGCUCACACUCUGGAAGUACCCAUCCAUGGUGAAAAUGGCUGAGCUCACGGGUCAUACAUCAAGAGUUCUGUUCAUGGCCCAGAGUCCCGAUGGUUGUACUGUCGCUUCGGCAGCCGGAGACGAAACCCUAAGGUUCUGGAACGUUUUUGGAGUUCCAGAGGCAACCACAAAAGCUGCUCCUAAAGCCAACCCAGAGCCGUUUUCCCAUGUGAACCGUAUCCGUUGAAGGGUGGGACAUGCAAAAGUAAGAAUUGUACAGAUAAUAUACCUCAGAUUCUCAAGGAUGUACAAGCUUUUCAAAUAGCUCUCAUAGAAUUCUUAGAAGGAAAACAGCUUCCUUUCAUAUUCAUUCUUCAUGAACGCAUGAUUAAGAAACAAAUGUAUGCACAGAAUGUAAAUAUAUGUUCAAGUUUCAACCCCCAUUAAACUCAAUUCA